GUCUUGAAGCCCUGGCUGCUCCUGGAGUCAAGCUUCAAGGAGAUUCCCAGGAUGUGAGUGACAGGAGUCUGAUAUGAUGCUACCCGGUGUGUUUAGCGAUUGGUACAGUUGCAAUUUUCUGUGCUGAAAUAAUUUUGAAAACACCAACUGAAGACUUGAGCAUCCAAGGGAAGCCAAAGCCAUUUGAGGGGGAAUAAAGCCAAAAGCCUUUUAUCCCGCCUCAUCCGAGAAGAUCACUACCCCACUUCACUCCCUCUAAAAAUAAGCCAUUGCACAGAAGGCAGCAUGGCAAGCAAACGAAAAUCUACAACUCCAUGCAUGGUUCGGACAUCACAAGUGAUUGAGCAAGAUGUGCCAGAGGAGGGAGACAGGGCCAAAGAAAAAGGAAUGGCCAUGCCACAGUCCAACGUGGCCAAGGACAGUCGGGCAGCAGAACCUGAAAGCUCUUCCAAAGAAAAUGAAGUGAUAGAGGUGAAAACUGCAGGGGAAAACCAGUCCAAAAAACUUCAAGGUGGCUAUGAGUGCAAAUAUUGCCCCUACUCCACACACAACCUGAACGAGUUCACAGAACAUGUGGACAUGCAGCACCCCAACGUGAUUCUCAACCCCCUCUAUGUGUGUGCUGAAUGUAACUUCACAACCAAAAAGUACGACUCUUUGUCCGACCACAACUCCAAGUUCCAUCCUGGGGAAACCAACUUCAAGCUGAAAUUAAUCAAGCGCAACAAUCAGACCAUCUUGGAGCAGUCCGUUGAAGCCACCAACCACAUCGUGUCCAUCACUACCCCGGGCCCUGGAAGUGGUGACAGUGAUCCCGGGAUCCCAGUGAGUAAAAUCCCCAUUGUGAAAACAGGAAAACUGAAAACAGACACCAAGAAGGCGCCCAAGAAGCCUGAGGAGGCUGUCCCCGAGAGCCACAUAGAAGGGACCGCCCGCCUGGUGACAGAUGCAGCUGAGAUCCUCUCCAGACUCGGAAGCGUAGAGCUCCUCCAAGACACAUUAGGACACGUCAUGCCUUCUGUACAGCUGCCACCAAAUAUCAACCUUGUCCCCAAGGUCCCUGUCCCACUGAAUACCACCAAGUACAACUCCGCUCUGGACACAAACGCCACCAUGAUCAACUCCUUCAACAAGUUCCCCUACCCAACCCAGGCCGAGUUGUCCUGGCUCACAGCAGCCUCCAAACACCCAGAGGAGCAUAUAAGAAUCUGGUUCGCAACCCAGCGUUUAAAGCAUGGCAUCAGCUGGUCCCCAGAGGAGGUGGAGGAGGCCCGGAAGAAGAUGUUCAACGGCACCAUCCAGUCAGUGCCACCGACAAUCACUGUGCUGCCUGCCCAGCUGGCGCCCACUAAAAUGCCACAGCCAAUCCUCCAGACAGCUCUGCCAUGCCAGAUCCUUGGCCAGACCAGCCUGGUGCUGACGCAGGUGACCAGCGGGUCAACCACUGUCUCCUGCUCCCCCAUCACACUCGCUGUGGCUGGAGUGACCAACCAUGGCCAGAAGAGACCCUUGGUGACUCCCCAAGUUGCCCCUGAGCCCAAGCGCCCACACAUCACCCAGGUGCCAGAGCCCCCACCCAAGGUGGCAAACCCACCCCCCACCCCAGCCAGUGACCGCAAGAAGACCAAGCUACAGAUCGCCCAUCUCAAGGCGAGCUUUCUGCAGAGUCAGUUCCCUGACGACGCGGAGGUCUACCGACUCAUCGAGGUCACUGGCUUGGCCCGGAGCGAGAUCAAGAAGUGGUUCAGUGACCACCGGUACCGGUGUCAGAGGGGCAUCGUCCACAUCACCAGUGAAUCCCUUGCCAAAGACCAGAUGGCCAUUGCAGCCUCCCGACACGGUCGCACGUACCAUGCAUACUCAGACUUUGCCCCCCAGAAGUUCAAAGAGAAAACACAGGGUCAGAUGAAACUCCUAGAAGACAGCUUUUUGAAAAGCUCUUUUCCUACCCAAGCAGAACUGGAUCGGCUAAGGGUGGAGACCAAGCUGAGCAGGAGAGAGAUUGACUCCUGGUUCUCAGAGAGGCGGAAGCUUCGGGACAGCAUGGAACAGGCUGUCUUGGAUUCCAUGGGGUCCAGCAGAAAAGGCUCAGAUGUGGUGGCCCCCAAUGGCUCUCUGCCUCGACUUGACCAGCUCACAGGGGCCCAGCUAGCCAGUUCUCUGCCCAGCACUUCACCAGCAAUCACACAAACUCAUGAACAGGUUCAUCUCCUGAGGAGCACAUUCACCCGAACCCAGUGGCCAACUCCCCAGGAGUAUGACCAGCUAGCAGCCAAGACUGGCCUGGUCCGAACUGAGAUCGUGCGCUGGUUCAAGGAGAACAGAUGCUUGCUAAAAACUGGAACCUUAAAGUGGGUGGAGCAGUACCAGCAACCACACACUGCAGAUGAUCACGGCUAUGACACUGCACCCAGGAAGGUGGCAAAACCAGCCGCUCAGAGCCCACAGAGCGAAAGUGAGGCAGCUCCGCACUGUCACAAGGACCCCGAGGCUCUCUGCGAAGAGGACUUGGAGAAGCUGGGCCCCAGGAGGAAAGCAGCCAGUGAGCAAGGGAAAGACUGCUUACCAGCCAGGCCCUCAGAGGCCGCCUCGGACAGGUCAGAGGGCAGCAGCCGAGACGGCCAGGGCAGCGACGAGAACGAGGAGUCUGGCGUCGUGGACUAUGUGGAGGUGACCGUCGGAGAGGAGGAUGCCACCUCAGACCAGUCAGAUAGCUGGAGCCAGACUGCAGCAGAAGGCGCCGCAGAACUGGGUGACUCCGACUCCGACAGCGGCCCCGCCCCAGCCAGCCAGGCCUAGACAGGCGAGUCCUUCAGAACUGCACCAUGGUAGGGACACUGUCUUUGAGGAAAGAGAACUUCCCUCUUCGCCGGGGGCCACCCUCACCAGUGACUCCGAGUGGAACUGCCGAGCUCACUAGUGCCUGGAGAGCUUCCCACGCACUCCCGGAGCACGGACGGGAAUCGUUCACAGUGCCAAAGUCCUACUGCUGUGUUUUCAAUGGGUCCUUCCUUGUACAUAGGUGGCUCCUCUGACCCAGGCCUGCCUCUUGCUAUACUGGAACUGAUUUGUACUCUAUGGGAAUUUUGUUACCUUUUUAAUCAAGGGCAACUUCCUUUUCCAGCACUACCACUGCAAGGUUUUUUCCAGGAGCGAGGGCUAACCACAUUGCUUUUCCUGUUUUUAUUUUUCUCUUAUUAAUUUGGGGAAGGGUGUGCUAGUAUUAGUGCCAUUAUAGCUACUGGAUUUUAAGUAGGGAGAAUUUAUUUCUAAAUGUAGCCUGAAAUUUGGAAGGUUUCUUGGUGGAAAGGGCUGGGUUAGGCUCUUUUUCCACUCUGAGUGGGUCUACAGGUGGCAGACCUCCACAUCAAACUCACUUCCAGUUCUUCUGGGCUGCUUGGGGACCCCUGUGUGACCCACACACAGGCUUU